AAAAAAAAAAGAAAGAAAGAAAAAAGUUUGCCUUCUUUGACAAGUACCGGAUUCCGCGCACCCGUUGGGGCCGCCUCCUUUUGCGAUUACUGUAUUAAAGUUUAUCCUUUUCCUUUUGUCUUUUGUACCCAGUACAUUCCUGUUACGCGCUUAGCCAAUACUCAGAUGUAAUUACCUCUAGAUGUAGCCUGCUCACUUCAGUCCGUCUGUCUGCGUAUUUUAUUACGGAAUCUGCGUACAGGGAGCAGAGCGCGUGAUGCGGUGCACACAGAAGUCGGCUCCACAAGGAAUACGGUUCAAGAAUAAACGCGAGUUAACUUCCAGUCAAAAUGACAACUGUUGCUCACAGACACUCUAUAGCUGGAAACGGAGUAGAGUCUGAUAUACGACGUGGAUCCGUUCGCCGCGAGCUUUCUUUCGAGUAUACUGGCAAUGAAUUGGUCAUGAACAAGGACACCUUGAAAAGCAUGGAACGUAAGUUCUCAAGAGGAACAGGUAGUCUAAGAGGAAACUCUGCUGCCACAGAAGACAAUUUCCCCACAGUGCUGGCUCUGCAGCUGGCCAUGGUGGAGGGGCCAGAUCGACUUCCUGCCGAUGAGAGCGCACAGGAAGUGCUGAGAGGGAAGCUCCGUUUGCUGGAGGCUGAGUCGACACAGGUCACGACCCUGAUCUCGGAACUUUCAGCACACUUGGUAUCCAUCAACAGUCAAGAAAGAACUAUACUCGUCACGUUUAAAACGUUUGAAGAGAUAUGGAAGUUCACCACUUACCACAAACUGGGUUUCUUGGGUCAGUGUAUGGAGGAUCUGCUCCUGGAUCAGGAGUUCUGGCUGAGCUCCUUGAACCAGGAGGAUUCUGGAAUUGAAAUCUCGAUUAAAGAGGAAACUCUAAACCUGAUGCGUAAAGCCAUUCUCAUGCUAGAAGGGUCCUUUUUUGGAAUCUGCAGUGCAAACCAGAUGUUUGACAGCUCCACGUCUGGCAGUGACCUGUACUUGGAGAAAGGGGAUAUUGCCCUGUUUGAACCACCUUUCCUGGGCUCGGGGUGGACUGUACUAUCCCUGACAGACGGAUCAAGGGGAACCAAACCCAAACCGGCACUGGAACCCGUGAAUCCCUUUCACGAGUGGUUUCUGAAGUCCGUUUCAGAAAACGUUUUAGUUGGUGGAGGAAAGCUGACUUGCAGUUUUCCCUUUGAGUUCGCUGUAGGCACCUGUGAGGCGACGGAGGAGUACUAUGGCGAGGGGCCAGACGAGCUCAGCUUUUCGGCUGGUGAUCUGAUCGUCAUCCAGGGCCUUCUGGUGUCCUGUUUCGAGUGGUUCAUGGGAAAACUGGAGAGGACGGGCAACGUGGGACUGGUCAGGACCAGUCUAGUCAAAGCCACUGAUUUACUUUGUGAAUCCACUGAGAUCUUUUUGGAAGAAGAGGAUAAAAGGAUUGUGAACCUUGACCAAGAGAAAAUCAAAGAAGAGACAAUUGCCUUCUUGACAAAAACAUGCCAGAGUGACGUAGCCAAGAUCUACAAACUUGAUCUGACAAAUCUUAAUGGAGUUCCAGGUGUAAAUCAGAAUAGCUGUUCCAGAAGUAAUGAUCUGAACACUGGAAAUCAGGACAACCACAAAAGAAAAGUGAUGCACAUUUUGAGUCAGGUAAAGGAACUGCAUGGAGAUGCAUCUUCACCAGCGAAACCAAAGCUCAGAAAAGACACAGACACCACCAAGACAGAGGAGCCUGGGAAAGCCCCGUGCUUCACUGUGUGCUCCGACCAUAACGGCCCCAACACAGAGAGUCUCCAGAACCUUCUUUCUUUCCUGGACAGCCGUGAACAUAAGUCAGAUUUCCGCCUACUCUACAGAGCUUACCCGGAAUUCCUGCUCUCACACUUCCAAGGUCACUGUGACGAGGAACACCUGGUGGCGUUCUUGGGUGAAGCGAGGGAAAUGGCACGAAAACAACGCCUCACCUGGGCACAGAGUCGGAUCUGUUUUCUCCUGGGGCAGCUCUGCGCGGGCAGGUCAAAGUUCUCCCAGGCGCGGGUAUACUACGAGGAAUGUCUCGCCGUGCCCAGAGACAAUUUCACGGACAUGUUUUUUUUGUCAGCCAUUUAUUCCAACCUGACCUUCAUCUAUCUCACGCAGAAAAAUACAGAGAAGUAUUUUGCUCUGUCUGAAUGCUUCGCCGCCCUGUUGAUGGCUGUUCCCGAUGCCCUAUCUGAUCUGGAGGACCCAGAGGUUUUAAAGUACGUCCUGAAGAAAGCCAUUCUUUCCAAGAACCUGUCUGCUGAAGCCCGAGCUUGCUUCCUCUUGGCCAAGCUCCACCUGAAACUGGGAGAGGGGAUGAGCGCGAUACCAUUCGUUGAGCGACUGCAGAUCCUUUCUGACGAGCUGCCCAGAGUCUGUGAGCCGACCCGUAGCCAAGGGUUUCUGUUGCUGGCGAGACUCUACAGCGACCAGGCCCUGCCUCGCCUGGCCGACAGCGUGGCGCGUCACGCUUCGCUCCAAGUCUCGUCCACCGUCUCAGACUGCGUGUGUGGUGUUUCGCUGCUACUGGAGAACGCCCCGCAGCUGUACGGGGUUAGCAUCCCUACACAGGUAGCCCAAUACCUGAUCCGUGCAGCGGCUUUAACUUCAGCUCAUUUGGAGUCCACUCUAGGAUAUGCAUCCGCUCUGUGUCUGUCCUGGCUUUUCCAUAAGCACAGCUUGCCUGACAGGGCGGUUCAUUAUAUGCAGACCCUCCUUGACCAGGCUUUCAUGUCCAGCAUCAACCAGUCAGAUGCAACCACCGCCUUCAUCUGGUUAGCCUGGUUGCACAUAUGCAACGGUCAGCCCUGCAAUGCGUUGGACAUCCUGGACGGAAUUUUAUCUUCCCUUCCGGAGCACUGCACCUCGCAACUGGAGGGCGUGGUCUACAACAUGCAGGCCAUCGCCCUCAGUCACGCCGGGAACGUCCAGCAAGCUGCGAAGAGCUACCAGGCUGCCGUGGAGAUCUCGGAGGAGUUUGAGGAUUACCACAACUGGGCUGUGGCGCUGGCCAACUUUGGGUUCCUGUGCCUGAGGGCCAAGGCAAAACGGCUGGCAGAGAACCACUUAACGCAGGCAGUGGAGCUGUUCUGUCAGCUAGAGGAUGAAAAUCAUGAACUCAGCUUUAUCGCUGUGCUCCUGGAGCUGGGACAGCACUACAUCGCCAACGGUUACCACAACAAAGGGAAGAUCUACUAUGAGUGGGCUCUGCUGAUGGCCAUCCAAGCAAAUCACCCUGAGAGCGAGCUGCAGGCCACCCGUCGUCUGUGUCACCUGUAUGAAGAGGUGUGUCCGGACCAGGCCCAGUGCAUCAUCUAUAACGAACACCAACUGGCCCUCAUUCACCAGACUGGAGACAGGAGCCAGGAGGGAGACAUCUUAGAGAAGAUCAGUCAACUGUAUCUGAGUCUGGGAACUGAGAAGGCAAACAGAUCUGCCUUGGAGCAUACUAAACAGAGUCUGGGAAUCUUCAUCGACCUGGGGAGGAAGAAGAAGGAGGCACACGCCUGGCUGCAGGCGGGAAAGAUCUACCACAUCCUCAGACAGACUGAACUGGUCGACCUUUAUGUGCAGGUGGCACAGGAAGUGGGCCUGGGGACAGGAGACACUGCCUUCAUUUUGGAGCUGCUAGAGGCAGCUGGAGAUGUCUUCUUCAAUGGGACACAAGAAAGAGAAAAGGCUGUCUGUUUCUAUCGGGACCGAGCCCUUCCCAUUGCAGUGAAGACGAGCAGUGUACACUGUCAGCUGAGGCUGUGUAAUAAACUAGCAGAGCUUCUGCUGCAGUUAGGCCAACACAGGGAAGCAGUGGAGUACGCACAGACUGCCCUGGACAUCAGCAUCGGCCUGAAGGAUCAUUUAAAUGAGCGCGUGGCUUACCAUCGGUUGGCAACCCUCUACCACUGCCUGGGUCAGUUUGAGAUGGCAGAACAUCACUUCCUGAAGGCCCUGUCACUCUGUCCCUCACCCCUGCAGUUUGACGAAGAGUCUCUUUAUUAUGUCAGAGUCUACAAGACUCUGGGAGACAUCAUCUUCUACGACCUGAAGGAGCCGUUUGAUGCGGCGGGGUAUUACCACUUAGCCUUAGCCGCUGCCAUGGACCUGGGAAACAAGAAGUCGCAGCUGGCUCUAUGCACUCGCCUGGCAACCGUAUAUCACAACUUUCUGAUGGACCGCGAGCUGUCGCUUCACUUUUACCAAAGAGCGCGAAGCUUCGCCGCAGAUCUCAACGUGCGCCGCAUCAACCUCGCGCCAGACCACAACUUCCGUACCACAUCACAGUACAAGACUACCAUCGGGACUGACAGUUAGAGCCACGUCGUAUGUAGGAGAAAACGCUUGAAAUCUUCAAGUUAAGCUUCCAUCACUGAGCUGAACAAAUCUUUACCAGUGUUCCACAAAGCUCUCCUCAAGCCUCUUUACCCCGGUGGUUCUUUUUCUGCUGCUGUAACAUCCUAAUAUCUAUUCAUGAAGUCCUUGAAAGCGGUCAGAGGCGCUUGUGUAUCAAGAGAAAACGGGUUACAGUCCCUUUCAAUGAAUGGCAACGAUUAUUGUUAGUGUCAAAAUGUUUGUAUGCCCUGAUUUGUGCUAGUUGUGUAUUUAAUGUGUCUAUCGAGUGAAAAAUCAUAUCGUUUACACAGUAUUUUGAAGCUCUUUAGAGGGUCCACGAGACCAGACACAUUUCAGAUAUUUCUGAGAAUGAACCGUCUGUUUCAACGAUGCCAAUAAACGAUAUUUAAAUAAGACCUACAUGGGUUGAUUCAAGCAGCUUUUGGGAAGUCUACCAGAUGUGGGGAAAUUAAUGAUGGAAAAAGACAAGAAUUACUCUGAAUAAUCUUUUCCUGUAAGCAAAUUAACAAUGCUGGUACAAUAUUCCGGGAUUUUGGGGGAGUGAACUGUUGUCUAACUAAUCCGUUAUUACCACGCGGUUGUUCAAAUAUCUUUGGGAUCGUCUCCACUGAAAUGUGUUAUGACUCUUGACCUCAAUAAGAGCAGAUAGAUUUCAAGCUUAACAAGACAUCCCUUAUUUAAGUGCUGAAAAUGAUUGGCAUUGUAGUCUCAAAUAAAUAUGUUCACGGGUG